UUUAUAUAGCCAUCGGCGUGUUCUUUGCUUGUUGUUUGUUUCCGCUCAGUGUAACUUUUGGGGAGCGAGACACUUUGAAACAGCACAACUGCCAGUAGACAGACGACAGAAUGUGGCGCCUGCCUUUCCUAUGUGUGAUCUCAGCCCUUUCAGUUAGCUGGGCUCGACCUCGCCUCGCUCCCCUGUCCCAUGAGAUGGUCAAUUUCAUCAAUAAAGCAAACACUACUUGGAAGGCUGGACACAACUUCCCUGAUGUUGACUAUAGCUAUGUGAAGAGGUUGUGUGGGACUUUUCUGAAAGGACCCAAACUCCCUGUCAUGGUACAGUAUACUGGUAACCUCAGGCUCCCCACUAACUUUGAUGCCAGAGAGCAGUGGCCCAACUGCCCCACUCUUAAAGAGAUCCGAGACCAGGGUUCUUGUGGUUCAUGCUGGGUGAGGUCUUCUCUUUGGUGCACACAGUAUAAGUUUGGAUUGCAAUUUGCAUUUGUUUCAUGUUUUUACUCCUGGUUUCAUGGUUUUACACAGGCAUUUGGGGCUGCUGAAGCCAUCUCUGACAGAGUAUGUAUCCACAGCAAUGCUAAAGUGAGUGUGGAGAUCUCUUCUCAGGACCUGCUGACCUGCUGUGACAGCUGUGGCAUGGGAUGUAAUGGUGGAUACCCCUCUGCUGCUUGGCAAUACUGGAACACAGAGGGUCUGGUUACCGGUGGACUCUAUAACUCCCAUGUUGGCUGCCGACCAUACACCAUUGAACCCUGUGAGCAUCAUGUGAAUGGCAGUCGCCCUCCUUGUACUGGAGAGGGUGGUGACACUCCUAACUGUGAGAUGUCCUGUGAAACUGGCUACAGCCCUUCUUACAAGGAGGACAAACACUUUGGAAAGACGUCGUAUAGUGUCCCAUCAAAUCAGAAAGCCAUUAUGCAAGAACUCUUUAAGAACGGCCCAGUCGAGGCAGCCUUCACGGUGUAUGACGACUUCCUGCUGUAUAAAUCUGGUGUAUAUCAGCACGUGAGUGGAGCUCCACUAGGUGGUCAUGCUAUUAAGAUCCUGGGCUGGGGAGAGGAGAAUAGUGUCCCGUACUGGCUUGCUGCUAACUCCUGGAACACUGACUGGGGUGACAAUGGAUUUUUCAAGAUUCUCCGAGGUGAGGACCACUGUGGCAUUGAAUCUGAAAUUGUUGCUGGAAUCCCAUUGUAACCACCAAAAUUGCAAAAGCUGAAAUGAGCGCAGAGUUCAGAGUGUGGACAUUGACUGUCUUCAACUUAAGCUGACUGCCAUCUUCCAUGCCCAUGGUACAAUAAGCAUUUUAAGCAAUGAUUGAAUUUUAUCAAGUCUUUUAGACCGAGACCCCCAACUGAUGUUUUAGCGUUUUAUUUUGAAUUGGGGAGUGACUUUUAUGCACAGUGUAGUCCUGUUAAUUGGAGUCAGGUUUGGACCAGUGUCUAAAGUUUUACGGUAGCACGUCUUGAUGCCGUCGCCACAUUUUCAGUAUGUUUGACUUUUUAAAGUUGCUUUUUAGAUUGAAUGAUUUUUACUUGAUUGUGUUUUAAUGCAUUUUGUCUAA